AUGUCUGAAACUAGUACACCUUAUAUUCUAGCUUCCAUCUCCACAACUGUUGCUGGAAAUGAGACGAUCUCAGAAUUGGAGCUUGAACCAGAAGAUUAUGAUAUAAUUGAGAAGGAGAGAAUAAAUGGCCGUACCUUUUUCAAGAUAACUAAGGAAGAGUAUGAGCGGCAUGAAAUGAAAUCGGGACCUGCAACAGCUCUCGUGGACAUCGCUAAGGAGUGUAAGGAGAAAAGGUGUGCGGUUUUCUCAUACUGCAGUUUUAAGGAGGACAUAAAGCGUAGAUUGGGAAAUAUGGGGAGCAUACUUGCCGGUGGUAGCGAAGCCAUGCGUUGCGAGUAUAUUUCAACUAUUCUUCACGCUUCGCUCUAUAUCGUCAAAAGAAUAACAGAUAAAGAGCUUACCUUAGCUCCUCAGCUCGAAAUUGUUGGCGAAGAAAGUACCGGUCGAGUUGAUUACGCAAUCAAAUCCCUCGAGGAACUUCUUUGCAUCACGGAAGGGAAGCUACAUCAAGUGGUUAUGGGUUUUGCUCAAAAUUUGAUCCAAUGUGAAAGCGCUCUACAACCUCGGAAUGGUAUUUUAUUCUUUUCAUACUCGGAUGGAAUAUCAAGCACAAGCAAGGAUCUCAUCAAUAUUCGAUUUUCAGAAUCUGCUUUGAAGGAAGAAUCGGAAGAAGAAAAAGACUUGCGUAAAAACGUGAAGCGGGUUAUGGAGGUUAUCGAUGGAUUGUUUAAAGAUAGGUUGGAGUGUGUGUAUGAGGAGAUCAUGCCAUCAGAGCUUGAAUUAUUGAAACAGCGCAUCACUGAGCUUGAGUCUGAGAAUGUUGAGAUUGCAGAGCUCAGGAAGGAGAAUGUAGAGAUUAGAAAGGAAAAUACUGAUCUUAGAAUGAAGUCCGCUAACUUUGGGGCUGAGAGAACUGAACUUAAACGCAGGAUUGCCGAGACUCUAAGAAUGACUGAGGAAGAGAGAACGAGGCGUAAUGCUGAAAAUGUCAAACUCAGAGCCACAAUCGAGGAUGGAACAGUUGCAGACAGAAAUGAUAAUUCUAACAACAAUUCAUCUAACUUCAAUUUGGUUGCAGAUCAUGUGCCAACGGUAUCACAUUACGAGAAACCAUUAGUGGAUACUUCGUUACCUGAAGACAAGGAAACGGACGCUUUCUUGAAUGAGUCCCUUCCAACACAUUCCGAAAAGAAAAUGUCUCAAGAUCUCAACUCGGUUACUCUCUCAUGCAAUAGCACGUCAUCGGAAGAAAAGAUAUUUGCUUCACAAGUGCCAAUAGAACAAAAAUAUGUGACCAGAAUUUCCGAGACCGCCGGUCCCGGAAAAUCUAACAUCGACGAGGCAUUGCAACGUCUAGCUCAAUGA